ACGUAUAUAAAUAAUUGAUCAACAGAAUAAUGAUGAACUGUUUAAAUAGAUAUUUAUUAGUUGAUACAUUUUAACUUUUAGCCUUUAGAACCUAAAGUUAUGUUCAUUAACUUUUAAGAUAAAUUGUUUAUUAAAAUUGUUUUAAAUUCUCAGACUAUAAACUGGUUAACCCUUGGACAAAUUACAACAAUUUCGUUCAUUUUCUUAUUGAAUAAUAUAUAAAGUUACAAAUCAGUAAUUUAAUUACUAUUUUUCUAGUUUUUAUUUCAUUAUGGCUGCGCCAAUGGAACGUAUUCAAGCUCUGGAAUUAAUUGAAAAGGAUAUAAUAACAUGUCUACAAAGCGCUGGUCAAGCACUUCUGGAACUUAGUAAGGAAAAAUCUAGUUUGAAGCAAGUAGAGAAUCAAUCACACCAGUUCUUAAAAAGUUUGGGUAAUGUAGAGUCAAAAUUAACUGAACAAAUUAAUUACUUGACUCAAGUAUCUACUGGACAGCCAUAUGAAAAUAGUGGGUAUGCAUCACAAAAAGUUCUCCAAAUGGCUUGGCACCGUCUUGAACAUGCAAGAAGCCGGGUGAAAGAAUUGGAACGUUCUAAAAAUAAAUAUCUUCAGGAUCAAGAACAAUUGAAAGGAAAUGUUUCAAAUAUAUUAUAAUACUUUUGUUUUUGUGGACUCAUAAAUCCUUAAGCGAUAAUUGAAAUUUAUUGUAAUUUGUAAUAAAAACUACAUGGAGUGAAUAAAAUAAUUCAAUUCUAUGAA